CAACAAUACAUACAUUUCAAAGGUUUCUGUAAAGUUUUGUGAGCUGUACUUUGUUUUUGCAUAUUCUAAGAAUGUCGAAUAUGUCUGGAGAAGAUUGUGACGGUCUAGACCGAGGCGAUAACGAUGGUCAGAAGUCGGAUAAAAUGUUCACGUUGAAGAAAUGGAACGCGGUGGCUAUGUGGAGCUGGGACGUCGAAUGUGAUACCUGCGCGAUUUGCCGCGUCCAAGUUAUGGAUGCCUGCCUCCGCUGCCAAGGCGAAAGCAAGAAGGACUCAUACGGCAAACAGGACUGCGUGGUGGUGUGGGGCGAGUGCAACCACAGCUUCCACUUCUGCUGCAUGUCGCUGUGGGUCAAACAGAACAAUCGCUGCCCGCUGUGCCAGCAGGAGUGGUCCAUUCAGCGGAUGGGCAAGUGAAGCUUCUGGCCCCGUCUCCCGUUGGCCACGGGACGUACCCUCCGAGCGCGCACGCUCAUCGCUGACACUGACCCCCUUACAUUUAU